AUGAGUGUCGCCUACGAGCCCAGGUCCUUCAUUCAUGACGGAGCCUAUCCGCCGAUAGGCGACGAGCACGAUCAUGGCGCCGACCAACGGUACACAGAUUCCGAAGUCGCCGAGCAUCUCAGCCAUUACACUUCUGAUGCCGCACUGCUGGGAGAUGAUCGAGGCAUGAUGGAUGAUGGCACCGGCGUGCAGGACGCUACACGGCUGGACCUUGGCGCAACCAGUUUCCCCUCGCCGAUUCAGGUUUCCUUGCAUGCACCCUCAAUACCGGAUCCCAUGUCGGAGAGCAAAGACCCAUCUCCGGGUAUUGGAUCACCGCCGUCAUCGCGAGUAAAACCGAUCCCCAAGCCCGAUAGAGAUGUCGUCAAGCAACCCGACGGCAAGUUUCACUGCGCCUUGGACGACUGCAAAGAGGAGAUUCGGGCAUUUUCGCGCAAGUGCGAAUGGAACAAACAUAUGGAUAAGCACGAGCGACCGUACCGAUGUCCGGCUCCCGGAUGCGAGAACCUCCCAGGCUUCACAUACUCUGGCGGCUUGUUGCGACACGAGCGUGAAGUUCAUGGCAAACAUGGUGGACCCAAAAAUACCGUCAACUGCCCUCAUCCAAACUGCAAGCGACAUACUGGCAAAGGCUUUUCGAGACAGGAGAACCUGAAUGAGCAUUUGCGGCGGGUACACACCAACGGCGACGGGACUACGCCUCCUGCCGACUCGGUUGCGUCACCCGACGACAACGAGAGUGAAAAGUCUGGCAUGAAGCGCAAGCGUCGUUCCAGUGGACAGGGAGAUGAACUUACCGAGCUUCGCGAUGAGAUCAAGCGUGUGCGUGAGGAGAACGAGAAACUCAAGUCCGAAAUGGACCAACAGUCGCAACAUUCGCUUGCCAUGAUGGCGCAGAUCGCCGAGCUCCAGGACGCUUUGCGACAUGGUCUGGCAACUCACAACCUGGGAGCUCCAACGGCGCAAAUGAUCUAG